AUUUUGACAUUUUACCUUCAAAAAAUAGAGGGAGUCGUGGCAACAAUAAACUGGAUAAACGCAGCGGGAAACAAAAUGAGUAGGAUUUCAGAGUGCCCCCAAAUUGCUUGCAGGAAGGGGAGAUGAUCGACUUCGAGGACGAGGAGUUCCUCUCUCAAGUAGCCGCCGCUGAGGCCGCUGCGCUGUCUUCAUCCACCAAGCGUCGCCGGACCUCUACCUCCAAUUUCACCUCAACCGUGAAUAUCAGGCCCGCCACGUCACAGAACUGCAACGACACUACCACAACUAUCGGAGAAGGAGCGUACAUCGCAGCUCUCAAAGGCAGCAAAAGCAUCGAAUUUCAGCAACAAGCGGCAACAUUUUCCUCUUCUUCUGUAUCGCGCCAAAGCUAUAAACUCGGUAAUCACAGCAACUCUUCAUUUCCUUCGUCUGAUUCCGGUAAUACGUGCUUCAAGUGUGGCAAAUCUGGCCACUGGGCACGCGAUUGCAGUGCUGGUCCAUUGAAUGAUGGGAAUGAUUCUGCGAGUUUCCCUGAAAAGCAGUGCCCGUGCGGCUCUGGAAAUUGCAUCAUCCUCACGGCCAACACUGAUAAGAAUCGUGGUCGGAAGUUCUACAAAUGUCCUAUCAGACAGGUCAGUUUUAGUGUUCGCGUGAUGUACAUGUCUGUGCCUGUUUUUGCACUUUUCCUCGCGUGCCCAUCAUGAUUUGCGAGUGCACCAAUUCCACCAAGGCACCUUAAUGUAGUUUAUGGCUUCCUUAUUUUAAAAGCUUCUAGCUUUGGGAUUACGAAUGUUGCAAUCGUCUGUAGGUUUACUUUCUGAUAUUUGUUUUAUUCUCUCUGGAAUGCUAGAUGAAUCUUAGCACUGGCUAGCACUGUAUAGAAAUAUAUUUGAUCAUACGAGCACCUCUAUUGAAAUUUGAUAAUGGAGGUUGUGACUUCUUUGAGUGGUGUGACAAGCCUUCAUUUACGCAUCACAUAGCCAUCCAAAGCAAGCCUUCCACAAACUUUUCAAUCCUCGAACUGUCUUGUCCAUGUGGUGCUGGUCCUUGCCUUGUUCUCACAGCAAAGACAGGGAAAAACAUCGGCCAGCAAUUCUACCGUUGUCCUAGUCAGGAAAGCUGUGGGUUUUUCAAAUGGUGUAAUGAAAUGACAAACAUACCAGAGCCACAGAGAGCACCUCAGGUGAACCUGAGUAUGGGUAGUAUGGGCAACAAAAGUUAUAAUAAUUCAGUGGCUUGUUUCAAAUGUGGGAAGGAAGGACAUUGGGCAAAAGAAUGUGUGAACUCUGUUCCACUGUCAUCUCCUGGUGCUGAUGGAGCUGGGAAAUCGACCACCUUGACUUCAUGCUUUAAGUGCGGUGGAGCUGGUCAUUGGGCAAAAGACUGCACUUCUGCGGUUUCCAUAAGACCACCAAGGUCUACUAAGUAGAUUAAUGCAGCUGGAUUGAAGUGCUUGGUUCCUCAGAUGAAAACUUUCUCAGGUGGUAAUAUAAAUAAUGCGGUAUUAAUGCGGUUGAUGUAGUCUUCAUUUCUUUAAGAUGGUACAUGGUAAUAUACGGAGUAGUUAUGAUUUGGUAAUAUAUGGAGUAGUUAUGUUUUUCCUAUCUUUGGUAAUGAAUCCAUUUUGAUGGAAUAUCUAUAAAUUUCAAAUUUGAAACCAACUUCAAUUAAUGAAUGAAUGUCACAAAUUUAAAAGUGAUUAUAC